AUGGACAAAGAGAAAGACCGAUUUGGCGAGGAAGACUUUAGAAAAGAGGAAUCUGCUGGACCAGGCCUUGAGGUCCUCGACAACGAAAUGGGCAACGAUGACUGGCUCGUUGCUUUCGCGCCCAUUACGCUCAUCUCAACCGGGGGGUUCCUGGCAACUAAUUUCUUUCGAAAUCGAGAAAGCACGGGCGACCUCGACUAUCUCCUCGAGCCCCAAUGGGCGCACGACAACGACGUCAAGAAACCGCUGCAGGAUGCCAUGACCCGGGCAGCACGGCACCUCGGAUUCAUCGACGGGUGGGCGAACGACGAGAUGGCCUUUUUUGUACCAGAUCAAUUUAGGCAAGUGCUGUUCGAGAAGGCCGAAAAGCAAAAUAUUGUGUUGUGGGGGGGCACGAAUCUACGGGUUCUGGCGGUGCCGCUGGAAUGGGCCCUGGAGCGAAAGUUGCGGCGAAUCCAUAAUAGUAAGAAGCAUGCGAAGCGAGGAUCGGAUAUUGGCGAUGUACUGGCAAUUCUGAAGCAUGUACGGACGCAGAAUAAUGGCCCCCUAAACAAGGAGUAUAUCCGGACGCUGAAUAUCUGCUCCUUUGAGAUGCUCCCUGACCAGGCGACCAUGAAUGACAUUGCUGCUUUGUAUCGGGACAAAUUCAACGAAGAGGUUUUCGAUUAA